CCCCAAGAUACCUUCCCCAAUACUCGUCGCGUUUCUUGUCGACUCGGUCCAACAGUAUAAGAUCUCGUUCGUCCAAAACUAUAAUUCUGGUCGCCACCCUCUCAAACUCUCUCAAUCGCUUUUUCUGCUCUCUUUCCGGUAUUGACGGCGGCGGAUUGCAAGGAGCUGUAGCCUUUGAUACGGCAGACAUUACGUACGACCUGUACAGCUCUUGGAUCUACUUCAGCGAGGGGCAAUUCGUUGUUCACACUCGUCUCAACGAGUAGAAGAUAGUGCAGGACAGACGUCUUGGAGCUCAUGCGUGUGUGACACAGCGAAUAGAAUGACCAAUCUCUGCUGCAGCGAACCCAGCGACAGAGGAAUUGCUGUUUUGGCUAAGCUCAACUCCUUAUGCGACUUUGGAGAAUUGGCCCCUUUACGGUAUCUACUACGGUGUACCUUUGCAUGUACUGUGUCUCCUUUCAAUACCCAUUCGACGUUUGACAGAUAUAUUCGGCGUGACGUCCGGUUACAUACACCUAAUACACACCGCAUAGCUGAACUACAAACUCCCUCCCAAGACUCUCAAAGCAUUACCAUCAUCUCCUAGCCUCCACCGAACCAACCUCCACAAUGCCUAAGUCAUACUCGCUCCACUCGCUCCCCUCGCACCAUGAGUACCCUGAAGAGUUCUCAAGCCCCUCCCGUCUCACCUCUAACGCGCAGAGUUACUACAACAGCUCAACGAACUACUCCAGCGGCGAACCCUGGUAUAGAGUUGACAGGGACCAGCAUCCGAGUUUAUCUCAGAGGUUCGUGGAUAGCUUCAAGAGGGACCCAAAUCGCCAACGUUCCAUUAGUCAGUCUAUUAAUUCCACUGACCACCAUGGUGCCUUGGAUCCGCAUAUGGCGGUAAUAGCGACAGCGAACACAGCACUAGCAAGAAAGUUGAAGGGAAGACAUCUGCAGAUGAUUGCAAUUGGAGGGAGUGUUGGAGCUGGAUUGUUUGUUACGAGUGGAAGGAUGCUGCAUGAGGGUGGGCCAGCAUCAGUACUAAUCGCCUUCUCACUUAUUGGGAGCAUGCUAUUUUGUACGGUGCAUGCUCUAGGUGAGAUGGCCGUCUUAUAUCCAGUAGCUGGCUCUUUCUCUGCGUAUUCGACAAGAUUUCUUGAUCCGGCAUGGGGAUUCGCCAUGGGCUGGGCCUAUGCAACGCAAUGGCUCAUCGUUCUCCCGCUCGAGAUUGUCGCCGCUAGCGUAACUAUGGGUUACUGGAAUACCACGCUCCCACGCUCCAUCUUUGUUACGAUUUUUCUCGUUCUCAUUAUCUCUAUAAACCUCUUUGGCGUCAAAGGCUAUGGCGAAGCCGAGUUCCUUUUCUCCGUCGUUAAAAUUGUCGCGGUGAUUGGCUUCGUCAUCCUCGGCAUCAUUAUCAACUGCGCCGGCAACCCCGACGGCGGCUACAUCGGCGGGGAAUUCUGGGUCGACCCGGGUCCCUUUAACAACGGUUUUAAGGGCCUCUGCUCUGUCAUGAUAACCGCUGCAUUUGCUUUCGCGGGCACGGAAUUAAUAGGCCUCGCAUCAGCGGAGACGGCAAACCCGAGAAAGAGCCUACCAACGGCCAUCAAGCAGGUUUUCUGGCGUAUCACCUUAUUUUACAUCGUGAGCUUGACAGUUGUGGGUCUCCUAGUGCCACAUGACGACGAGCGGCUUUUCAACGAAGGCUCCGCCAAUGCUAACGGUAGCGCCUCGCCUUUCGUUAUCGCCAUUGAAGACGCCGGCAUCGCCGUCCUACCCUCUGUGAUGAACGCCGUGAUCUUAAUCGCCAUAGUAUCCGUCGGUAACAGCGCUGUUUUUGGCAGCACCCGCACUCUAGCUGCGCUAGCUGACCAGGGCCACGCACCAAAGAUCUUAGGCUACGUUGACCGCAAAGGCCGUCCCAUCGUUGCCAUCGCUAUCGCCUGCGCUGUGGGCUUUAUAGCCUACGCUGUUGAAAGCGGGCAGCAGGGCACGGUGCUGAACUGGAUGCUCUCCUUCUCCGGCCUCUCUAGCAUCUUUACCUGGGGCUCCAUCUGCCUGUCGCACAUCCGAUUCCGGCGUGCCUGGGCAUUGCAGGGCCACAGCCUCAACGAGCUAGCAUUCGUGUCGCAGCCGGGCUUAGUGGGGAGCUGGGUGGGAUUCAUCUUCAAUGUGUUUGUCCUGGUGGCGCAGUUCUGGACGGGCGCGUGGCCCAUUAAUUACGGCGAGAUUGGCAUAAGGGGGCAACUGAGGAGCUUUUUUUUAGCGUACCUGACUGCCCCGACCGUGCUGAUCAUGUAUGGGGUCUAUAAAUACCGGCAUAAGACCAAGGUGUGGAGGGCAAGGGAUAUGGAUCUCCAGACAGGGAGGCGGGAGUUGAAUCUAGACAAGCUGUUGAAGGCGGAGAGGGAGGAGAAGGAGGAGUGGCCUAGGUGGAAGAGGUGGUAUGACCUUGUUUGUUGACAUGGUCCUUGAUUUUUUGGGUUUGUUUUAAGGCGAAUGGGACAUGGCGCUUUUAGGCGGAAUGCCCAAGGGGAUAUGAGCGGGAGGGAGUCAUAUAACUACAAUACUUACUAUUUCUUCCCAUGAUGGAGGCCAUAACAGAUAGCCGGUCAGCAGAUCUACAAAUAGCCUGCGGUCUGAAAUAAGACAUCAUCAGAAAACGAGGACAGCGGUGACGAUGCAGAUAAUGAGA